AUGUCCACUUCAGAAGAAAAGCUUCGCAGCCGCGAAACGUUCCAUCUUGACCAAAUCGCGGCCAUCAACGCAGAGUUUGUGGAAGAAGGCUUCAACGAUGAUAACAGGUUCUGGCAGAAAGCACGACUAUUUGCCAAAAAUAUAUCAAGUCGAUACACAAAGUCCGGUCUUCCGGUGGUUUACUAUGAGGUGCAUGAAUCAUGGACGCCAAACACCCUGGUCAGGACCGCCUGGCGGCCCAAGUUUUGCACGUCCGUGAAAUGGGCACGCUCUCUCGCAGGAUUGCGGUGCCAGCCACAGAAUCACAAGAAGAAGGACCAGGUCAAUGGAUUCGGGAAGAAGCUUUGA